ACUAUGCUCCCGCAUCAACAUUUUACAUCUCAGUGAAUUUCAUUUACGCACCAACGCCGGUGCGCUGAUUCACAAUGGGACGGGGCGGCGCGGCGCAACUACUCCCGGUCGGUCGGUCGUUCUGGUGAGUGACGGCGGCAGCUGCGGAGCUGGAAGAAGAAUCUUCUCAUGGGACUUCGCGGUCGGGAAGCGCCUGAUCUGGAGGCAACGUGAGGAGCGCACAUACCUCCAGAAAACGGGCGACGAGACUCUUCCCUCCUGCGCCCGACAGCUGCCGAGGAGCUGUCACCGGCGAGGAAAAAGGGGGUCAACGGGAGAGAGGAACCCGUGCAGAGGUAGCCUCUUCAAAGCCAAAGGACCGUGGGUACGUAGUAUGGGAGCGCUAUGUUGUCCAGGAAGGGACUCAUUCCUGAGGAUUACUUGCUGACACGUUUGGCUGAGGAUGUACUCCAGCCCAAGUUCAAGGCGAAACCGGGGAAGCCUCGGUUCGUCGCCAAGAACGGCACCUGCAAUGUGGCGCACACCAACAUCCGAGAGCAGGGCCGAUUCUUGCAGGACGUCUUCACCACUCUGGUGGAUUUAAAAUGGCUCCACACGCUCAUCAUUUUCACCAUGUCCUUCCUGUGCAGCUGGCUUCUCUUCGGGAUGAUCUGGUGGCUCGUUGCCUUUGCGCACGGCGACUUAGACCAAAGAGGAGACGACUUUGUCCCGUGCGUAACGGACAUUCACUCCUUCUCCUCGGCCUUCCUCUUCUCCAUAGAGGUCCAGGUGACCAUCGGCUUCGGGGGACGGAUGAUCACGGAGGAGUGCGUCUCAGCCAUCAUCAUCCUGAUCGUGCAGAACAUCGUCGGAUUGGUCAUCAACGCCAUCAUGCUCGGCUGCAUCUUCAUGAAAACUGCGCAGGCCAACCGGCGCGCGGAGACGCUCAUUUUCAGUAAGCACGCCGUCAUCUCCAUCCGCAACAACAAACUGUGCUUCAUGAUCCGCAUCGGGGACCUGAGGAAAAGUAUGAUCAUCAGCGCCACCGUGCGGAUGCAGGUAGUCAGGAGAACCACGACAGAGGAGGGAGAGGUGGUGCCUCUGGACCAGAUCGACAUCCACAUGGAUAACCCGGUGGGCACCAACGGCGUCUUCCUGGUGUCCCCCCUCAUCAUCUGCCACGUGAUCAACAAGGACAGCCCUCUGUACGAGCUGUCUGCCUCUGACCUGCAGCACGAGGACAUCGAGGUGAUCGUGGUGCUGGAGGGUGUGGUGGAGACCACGGGCAUCACCACGCAGGCCAGGACCUCGUACGUGGCGGAGGAGAUCCUAUGGGGGCAGCGCUUCGUGCCCACGGUCUCCGAGGAGGACGGCAUGUACGCGGUGGACUACUCCAAGUUCGGCAACACCGUGAAGGUCCCGACACCGUGCUGCAGCGCCAAGAAACUGGACGAGGCAGGCGGCAUCGCUCGCUUUAAACUGAACGAGGGCGUCACCUUACGGGCGUCUGUGAGAAGGCGCCGGGGGACCGCGGCGGUCCGCAGGUCCAGGAUAGAGAGCUAGCAAACUGAUGAUCCGUGCAAACCAUGUCUGUCAGGAUUCUGUAUGAGAAUUAAUACAGUUAAUGAGGUUAAUUAAAUAACAUUCAUAUUGAUUUUAUAAUGAAUAUAUGCCAGGAUGUGGAUUAACUGUAACCAGUAAUCAAUAAUUGUAAAUCAAUACAACUCCUCUUUCAGUCAAAUGUACACAUCAUCAUGCAAUUUACUCAGGGUCAGUAUGAUAAUGCACAAAGUCAGAAUGCACUGAGGUUUAUGAGAUGUGACUGCUGUGCUGUAAAACCUGAGGAGGUAUCCAGAGUGAAGACAGACUAGGAUGUUUUUUAUUUUAUUUUUUAAUUAAGAGUGACUGCAUGUAUCUAAAAGCAAUAAAGGAGAAUGCUA